CUACACACAAUAUUUAUCUCACUUUUGCCUUAUAUGCCAGUUUCUAUCUGUUUAAUCAUUUCUGAAAGCAUCCCUCAUCGCUACAGCGAAAGCAAACAUGGCGGUCAAACCUCUCAAGAUUGCAGUUAUCCCAGGCGAUGGUAUCGGCAAAGAAGUGAUGCCAGUGGGUGUGGCAUGUUUGGAGUCCCUCUCCAUAAUUUACAACAUCCCAAUGCAGCUCGAGUGGUUUGACUUUGCGAGCUGUGAUUACUAUCAGAAGCAUGGCGACAUGAUGCCUCCCGACUGGAAGGAAAAGCUACUUCAGUUCGAUGCCAUAUACUUUGGCGCCGUGGGAAUGCCUGAUAUUGUUCCAGACGACGUAUCGCUAUGGGGAAGCCUGAUCAAGUUCCGUCGCGAGUUUGAUCAAUACAUCAACCUUCGACCGUGUCGCUUGAUGCCAGGAGUGCCAUGUCCUUUGGCCAACCGCAAGCCGGGUGACAUUGACUUCUGGAUCGUGCGGGAGAACACAGAGGGGGAAUACAGCAGCAUUGGAGGGAAGAUGUUUGAAGGAACAGACCGUGAGGUUGUGAUUCAAGAGACGGUAAUGACGAGGACUGGCGUUGACCGCGUGCUUCGAUAUGCCUUUGACCUUGCACAAAGCAGGCCGCGCAAGAAGUUGACCAGCGCGACAAAGAGCAAUGGAAUUAGCAUCACAAUGCCUUACUGGGAUUCCAGAGUACAAGAGAUGGCCACCAAGUAUCCAGAUGUCAGCGUCGACAAGUACCACAUUGACAUCUUGACAGCUCAUUUUGUGCAGCGGCCCAAUAUAUUCGACGUGGUCGUCGGCAGCAACCUAUUUGGCGACAUCCUAUCUGAUCUGGGACCGGCUUGCACAGGCACCAUCGGAAUUGCCCCAUCCGCAAACAUCAAUCCCGAUGGCAAAUUCCCGAGUCUCUUUGAGCCUGUCCACGGCAGCGCUCCGGACAUUGCUGGAAAAGGCAUCGCAAAUCCGGUGGGCAUGAUCUGGGCCGGCCAGAUGCUGUUGCAGCAUUUCGGACACAAGGAGGCUGCAGAUGAACUGCUUCGAGCGAUUGAGACAGUCAUGGCUCGCGCCGAAGCAAAUGUUGUGACGCCGGAUGUUGGUGGUAAGGGAACAACGAAGGGUUUUGGAGAGGCAAUUCUGAAUGAGAUUUUGGCGAGAGACAACGCGUCAAAAGCAUAAGUACAGGUGUUUGCGGUUUGGUUGAGUUGUUGGGAUGUGUGCCACUUGACGUGUGCCUCAAUCCCUAGGUUUUGAUCCAGAGUGACGAGAUCCUACGGAGCAUUUACAGGUAUAAAAUUAUACGUUUGCUUGUUCUAUAAGCCUUAUAUUUUUGAUAGGCCAUUGGUAUAUUUGGAUAAACAAAAUGAUGUCAUCUCAAC